AUGGUACUUUUGGAUAUUUUCUUUCAAGCUGGUUUGGCAACGUUCGUUUUGGUUGUGUACUUAAUGCUUUUUAAAAAACGGAAAACAGAAAAGAAAGGGCCUUAUAGCCAGCCAGGAUGGAAUUAUCCUCUCAAAUGUUGGUUAUCGAGAUGGUUUGCAAUAGGCCGCUGGAAGGCGCAGUGUGUGUUAGUACCUACAGACGAUUUACCUCGUACUGAUCUGUACGAGGGCUGGGACUCCGUCGACGUACGCGCCACCUGCGCGGACGGGACUGCUGUACUUCUUGGUAUACGAAAGUUGUGCGGAAGGCACCCCAUUGCGGAAAUCACAGUAUACGUCAAGUUAGCAGAUGGAUCCAGUUAUAGACUACCAAAACAUCCAGAUACUAUAACAUGCUACUGGGAGGAUACUGAAGGUGCUUGGAGUGCAGGUGGGCUGAAGAUCCAAGUCCUGGAGUCAAAGACUCGCCUGAGGAUAUUGUUUAAUGGUCUGCUCACUUCAGUCGAAGAUGGUGCUUUACAGCAUGUUACUUUUAAUUUUAUAUGGAUAUCUGCCUCAAAUGCAUUGCGAUAUCCUGAGGACUGGAGUGCAGAGCUCGCAGCACAAGCUUUGUCUUUGGAGCCAUGGCGAGAUAGCAACUGGCCUUAUUUACUAGGUAAAUGGGAAGAGGGCGGAUGGUUGCAAUGUGGUGCUGUGCAAGGCCGUUUUCAAUGUUUUGAUCAACAAGGCGUUUUGGACAAGGAUGAGUAUUUACGUCUGCGAGGAGUGAGAGAAAGAAGUUGGGCGCCCCAUGGGUAUGAGGGUCGGAGACGCUCGGUUACUGUUACAGCAUCUUCUAAGGAUGGCACCGUGGUGCAUCUUCGUGGACUUUCAUAUAGAAAUAUUUUGACGCAAUGCAUCUCUGGACAUGUCAGGUACCCUAACUAUAAAGUUGAAAGUAUAAUUGAUACAGAUUUUGUUCUGGGAGAUUUUUGUGAAUCUAUAUCUGGGGUACCGAAGAUUUACACGAUAAAUGUGAGCACUAAAUAUCGCAGUAUUCGCUUGGUUCUACGUAUUAAUGACGAUGGCGGUAAUUUACUAAGUGGAAUUCCAUACCAACAAGAGUUGGAGUAUCGUACCUUGGUGGUCAGCAUUGAUGAUUCACCCGGCUCUGGUACACUAGAACUUGGCUAUGAGCCUACAGAAAUAUCAGAUCCAACAGCGGGUCUGCCUCCACCGCGCACCCUCAAGUGGCUUAGUGUUAGUGAAGUUGGUUCCGUGGGCUACUGCUUGCCAUUCGAAGCCCGCGCCGCGGCCUGUCCCGACUAUGUCGGGGGUAAGGGCGCUUCUUUGGCUCUUCUUGUUUCCGUACAAGACAGUGAGGGUUACAAAGUGCCACCAGGAUUUUGUUUGACAAUACGAGCUUUGGAGAAACAUCUCGGUGCUAAUCCAAAAAUAUUGGCAGCUAUCCGUGAAAUAGAGGCUGCUAAUGAAGACUAUAAUGAAAUCAAUUUCAAAGACAAGUGUACAAAGGCUGUAGAAUUAUUUGUCAAUACAGAAGUAACUGAAGAUGUAAGAAAAGAGAUACUAGUUCACCUAAAGGAAUUAAGAAAUGCGACUGUGAAACAGGAUUUAGAACAACAAUUUGCCGUCAGAUCUUCAGCGGUGGGUGAAGAUAGCGAGACGCUCUCGGCGGCCGGGCAGAACGAGACGAUACUGGGCUGUACGAGCGACGAGCACGUACUGCGCGCCGUGCAGAAGUGCUGGGCCUCCAUGUUUGCAUUCACCAGCGCCUACUACCGCAGACAGAACGGGCAGCCGUGCGCGUGCGGCGGCGGCGUGGUGGUGCAGGCGCUGGUGGAGCCGCGCGCGGCCGGCGUCAUGUUCACGCGACACCCAGACCGGGGCGACGCAUCACGGCUACUCAUCACAGCCAACUACGGACUUGGUGAGACUGUUGUAUCGGGUUCAGUAGAUCCAGAUACAAUAAUAUUAAGACGAGGUGAAGAUAGUAACCUUACCAUAAUGAAAGUCGAUUUAGGUUCAAAGACUCAGCGAGUGAUGAAAGCUAGUACUGGUGGAGUCACCACCGAGGAUGUACCAGAAACAGAACGUAGCCUUCCGUGUUUAUCUCAAACAGAAGCGUUGAAACUGGCUGAGAUUGGAGUGGCUCAAGAAAAUUUAUGGGGAGCUGGAAGGGACAUCGAGUGGGCUAUUACAAAGGAUGGCAUAUAUCUAUUACAAGCGCGUCCCAUAACAUCCUUGGAGCGUUGGACGGAGGAGGAACUGCUGCACGAAAUGGACACACCUAUCAUGUCCGAUGAAGAUCUAACUACCUUCGCAAACACCGGUGAAGUAUUUCCGAAGCCAGUUACUCCAUUGACAGCUGAUUUCGUCGUCACUCCAAUGGUGGCCGGAUUGAAUAAAAUGGUCAGUUUUGACAUGGAGCCUUGGGAAGACAGUCUUGUAAUUACUCAUAACAGAGUUGGAAUAUCACUGUACAAUUCAGUCUAUCGCCGAGUACCUAAAGAACUGAAUAGUGGCGUACGUAUGAAUGAGAUAUCUCUCCAUGGAAGGAAGGUUGCUGACCAAAACCUAUUUAACGUAGCGUUGCGUCGUCACCCGCCGCAGUGGACCCACUAUAUUGACCUACUGAAAACUAUAAUAUUGUAUCUAAGAAGUUCAAAUCCGAAGAUGAAAGAUAGUAUUACGACGGUCAAGAAAAUGAAUAUAAGAAUGGACAGUGAAGACCCGAUGCAGAUGUUGGAGACGUUGUUAAAGGAAUUGGAUGUAAUGUAUCGACUCUCCUUGAACCACGGUUUCACUACUGGGGCCAGCACAGCUAGUCAAUACAUUGCAAUGAUCAUAUUGUUAGAAGGCGCCACAGAUUUCACAACGGAUCUUUUCAACGAAAUAAACACGUUACUUUACUCUGGGGAAGUGCUAUCCGCUGAAGUGCCGUUAGUUCUAGCGAAACUGACACGUGAGUUGGAGGCUUCAGAAAAAUAUGACGAAUUUAAGGCGCAGGAACCCAGGGACGCCUUAAACUGGCUGAUGAGUAACUUGCCUAAUACCUAUACGAAUGUGCAAGACUUUUUGAAUGAGCAUGGUCAUAGAGCUAUCAUGGAGUAUGAUAUGGCAACUAAACCAUGGGCAUUAGUUCCCGAAGAGCUCAUGAAAAUCCUUCAAAACAUGAAAGUAAAUGAAAAAGAAAACAAAGGAAAUAAAUCUGAUGCUGAAAUCAUCGCUGCGCUCACAACCCCAAGAAAGCCACUUACUAGGAGACUGUUGUCGUGGCUGCUGCCUUUGUGUCGGUGGACAGUGCGUAAUAGAGAAAGUACAAAAGCGAAUCUAAUUUUGGGCGUCCACAAGUUGCGUCUGGCUGCUAUCGAACUCGGGAAGCAGUUGGUGCGCCGCUGGUACUUGCCGCACCAUGAUCUCGUGUUUUUCUUCCGAACGAAAGAGUUAACUGACUAUAUAACUAGUAGAGAUCCAGCAUUACUAAGAAAAGCAAUUCAACGUCAACAAUAUUAUUCGAAAUGGAGUAAGCUCAAGUACGCUGAAAUAAAUACGGGAUGGGUUCAGCCCCUGCCAGUGAAGGCUCCCGCAGUGACGGCCGGUGACGUGAAGCUGGAAGCCACAUCGGUCUGUGGGGGAGAAGUUAUAGCUAGAGCUUGCGUCGUGAAGGAUAUUUCAGAGGUCCACCAAUUGCAGCAAGGCGACGUGCUGAUAACGCACGCCACCGACAUCGGCUGGUCGCCGUACUUCCCGCUACUCACUGGGAUCGUUACGGAAUUAGGCGGGCUCAUAUCACACGGAGCGGUAAUAGCCCGUGAGUAUGGGGUGCCCUCUCUCGUUGGAGCUGUGGAUGCUACGGACAUUUUUAAAACUGGAGAUAUCGUGAGACUCUCCGGUACUAAAGGGAUGAUCGAAAAAGUACAAAUAUCUGAAAAAUCCGAGCAUCAUAGUUGAUUUGACAUAAGAUAUAAU